AUGGACGAUGCAGACAGCAGAGAGCAGCCAACGCAUGCCACCCCUGCUGCCAUCUCGGCACACCUUCCCUUGCUGCGCUCACCUAUUCCCUGGGGAGUUGAGGGAGGGCGGGAGGAUAGUGGAGGGCACGGCGGGCAACACGGGCAUGGGGCUGGCGUUGGUGGCCAAUGCACGCGGAUACAAGACAGUCUGAGCAAGAGAAGAAGGACAUGCUGCGCAUUGCAGGAGCCACGCUGGUUGAGGUGCCAGCAGUGCCAUACAAGAAAGAACCCCAACAACUACAACUACGUCAAGUACUCGGGCAGGCUCGCUCAAGCCAUUGCCAAGCUGCCCUCCCGCUCCCACACUCGCCCUGCACCACGUGUCGUUGCUGCUCUGCUCGCGCAUACCCCCGUUGUCACACGCACCAAGGCUGAGGGCAGAGUCCCCCCCUGCCACUCACAGUGGACCGAUGUGCUGGUGCGAGGUCAGUGGCGGCAGCAGCAGAGGUGGCGAGGAAAUGGCAUGGGAGGGGAUGGCAUGGGAGUGGAUGGCAUGGGAGUGGAUGGCAUGGGAGGGGAUGGCAUGGGAGGGGAUGGCAUGGGAGGGGAUGGCAUGGGAGUGGAUGGCAUGGGAGUGGAUGGCAUGGGAGUGGAUGGCAUGGGAGUGGAUGGCAUGGGAGGGGAUGGCAUGGGAGUGGAUGGCAUGGGAGGGGAUGGCAUGGGAGGGGAUGGCAUGGGAGCGGCAUUAACCACCGUUGACUCGGUUUAA